AUGUCCGCGUGCACCGACAUGAAUGUAAUCUACAACUCUGCCUUAAAGCAGACCACCACGCUAAGACGAGACUUGACCAGCUUCGACGAAAACGUGGCCACAGCGCCGUUGUCAUUGCAAGGGCAGAUCACCUCCACACUCACCGCCUUGACGCGGACGGUGGACGAAUACGCCGAUUUGGUCAAGCAAGAAGUGAAUUCAGACAAAAAAGCCAAGGCAGAGGGUCGGUUGGAGAGGUUCCGAACUGACAUCGACCAGUCCAGAAAGGAGUUCCAACGAUUGAAGAACAAGAGAGACGAGACGCUCCAGGAGGCCAAUCGAUCGGAACUCUUGGGGCGGAGGACCCAGGCUACUGCCUCGGACAAUCCAUACUCUACGUCAACGCCAUAUCAGGGCCAGCAGCAGCAGUUUGACAUGUCAUAUACCGACGGUUUGGCCAAGGAGAGAGACACCAUAUCGCUGGGAAACCAACAGCUCGAUUUCAUCAUUGCGCAGGCCUCGGAGUCCUUGGACCACUUGGUGGAACAGAACGAAACCUUGCAGAAGAUGCAAGUGACGAUGCACCAGACGUUGGAGACAUUGGGGGUGUCCAGGCAAACCAUCCGAUACAUUGAAAAGAAAUGCUGGCAGGACAAGUGGAUUUUCUACAUCGGGGCACUCUUCACCAUCGUCUCCUUCUACUACAUGAUUAAGUGGUUUAAAUAG